AUGCUUAGAGGAACUAGCAGAUCAAUCGGAAGAUCAAGGUCUGGAUUCACCGGGUUACAUUAUCAAAUCCCAAAGGCGUUUUUGUCUACGUCCAGAAUAGCUAAUGCUACCGAGGGAUCUCUUAAAUCUUUUAUUCCAAAGCCAUCGAAAUCGUUAGGCGAAACCACCAUCGAGAACAAUAUUAAAUCGGAUACUAAUAGGUUAUCGAAGACGUUGACUAAGUUUUGGGAAAAAGUUGAUGCUGUUUAUAAUAAAGAUUUGGACAAAUAUGAAGUAAAAUUAGAUGGAAAGACUUUGAAGACUCCACUCGGCUUUCCGUUAUCAUUACCGAACGAGAAAAAACAACUUGCCUAUCUUGUUGCACAUGAAUGGGCAAAUUUGCCAGAUUUAAAGGUAAAAAUCAAUGCCUUACCUUUGACAUCACUUUCUUCCCGUGCUAUCGACUUAUACAACGUCUACAAUAAUGAAAAUGUUGACCGUGAAAUGAUUUCCAAAGUUGGGAAUGUCGAUGACAUUAAAGUCAACUUGUUGAGGUACCUUGAUACUGAUACCUGUUUAAUCUUCACUACAUUAGACGAAUAUGAAGGCAAGUUGAGAAAUAGACAAAACGAAUUAUACUUCCCAUUGAUUAAAGAGUUUGAAGACUACUUCACCGAGUAUGCUAAGAGAAAGGGUAACUUAUUGAAAAGCGAAGAUGAAAGAGUCAGCCUCAAAUAUUUAGACUGUGAGACCGAUGGUUUAAGCGGCAACAGGCAAUCGAUAACUACGCAGAAUAUUGUUAUGAGUUGGAUGAACGAUUUAUCCAUGUAUGAAUUGGUUGCAUUGGAGAGAGCUAUUUUAACAGCCAAGUCAUUCUUAUGUGGUGCUGCAUUGUUACGCUCCAACUGUUCAAAUGAAUCCAGAAUGAAAGACUUAUACCAGAUAAAUAAAUCUUCUGCAACAGACUAUUAUCAUAAGACUGUUGAAGAACUUGUCGAAUUAGGUAACUUGGAAAUCAUUUUCCAAACUGAAGAAUGGGGUGAAGUUGAAGAUACACACGAUGUUGAUAAAGUAGACUGGCUCAGACAUUUAUCGAGUUGCGCUUUAUUAACCUUUUAA